CUUUAGUGUUUUUGUGUCUUUAUAUAAACAGAAAAAGAAAAGGGAUAUCUUUGAGAAAUUUAGGACGCAAUCAAUUCAAAAUUCAGCCACAAGAGCCCUAAUUUGAGGGUUAAGCAAAAAGCUGAAUCCCGUUCGCUUUUGAGAGCGUUUCAGUAGCUUGUUGAGGAGGAAACUUAGUGUAGUAGGAUGGAUCAAAUGGUUUCAGGAGAACAAGUUCUUGACGUAGACAUCGAAGCUGGUCUAGCUCAUGUUACUGAAGAAUCCACUUCAGACCAUUUGUCUGUAACGAUUGCUGAUGAUGUAAACUAUCCAUUAAUGGGAGACGUGGAGAAUCCAACAGAAACAAACAGUCAAAGUUUAGAUGUUUCAGAGAGAAAACAAGAUGUUGUAAAGUUCAAGAAACCAAGAAAGGCUUCAAAGCCACCGAGACCUCCAAAACGCCCUUCUUUGACUGCGAGUGACCAUAAGGUGAUGAGGGAAAUCGCAGAGCUCGCUAUGAGAAAGCGUGCAAGGAUUGAAAGGAUGAAAAAUUCGUUAAGAAGACUCAAAGCAGCCAAGUCAUCAUCUUCAUCAUCAUCGUUUUCAUGCAUUAGCAUCUUCUCCAUGAUAGUAACGGUUCUGUUUCUCGGUAUUCUUGUCUUCCAAGGCUUCUUUGAUGGCAAUUCGAAUUUGAGAUCAGACAUCUCACCAGCACCAAUUGUUUCACCUAACAACAACCAAUUGGUUUCAGUUCAGUUAUACAAUGAUCCUAGCCCUACCACCUCGUACAGUUUCAGAUACACGAGGAAGCGAAUUUCGGGUGGAGAAGGCUCAAGAGAUGUUACCAGAUGAUGAGUUGAUAUGUGUUUGGUCUUUGAUAUCAACUUAACCUGUUAACUCGUUUUUUUUUUGGUUCAAAUCAUCAUUAUCUGUUUUGUUCUCUGUUUGUAAACGACUGCGUUUUAAAUAAUGAUGAUUUGAAAUUGAACCAUGGCUAGCCAACCCUGUAUUUUAAAUUAU